UUCACGGAAAUCCAGUAACUCUAGCAUUUCCGGGGUGAUUCUUGUUAAUUUCGGCCGUGGCAACAAAUUUUUCAAAGUGAGUAUAAAUCUGCAUUAUUUUAUUACAAUUUUGGUGUUGGGAACUGUCUUUAUUAUUUAGAUGAAUUGUUACGUUGGCGUUGAAUUCCAGAACAAUGGUGGAAUUUCUCUUGUUCACUCUGCCUGGUUAACACCGCUUAAACGAGAAGUCUUUUGGCCGCCAAAACAGACAACCGGAAAUUUUAUAAAAUUAUUAAAAUCUGGACAAGAGCCUCCCCAGGAUAACAGCUGGAAACUUCACCAAAUUAAGCGAAUUUUUUUCCAGACUGACGACUAUAAGAUUGCGGAGAAAAAAAUUAAAAAGGCUGAAAUUACCUCAGAUUUAACUACAGAUGCUGAGGAAUCAGCAAUUAUUUCACCUCGAAGGAAAAUACGUCCAAAGAAAUUUUCCACUGAUGAUGAGCAGGAAGAAGUGCUGUCAUCAUCAGAAGAUGAUUUUCCAAAAAACAAGAAACCCCUACCUAGACCAAAACCAAUAAUACGGAAGUCUAUUACAAACAUAUUAUCUGAUUAUUCUGGCCCAAUUCAAACUUUUCCAUUAGCUUCAGCUGGACAAUCGCAAAGGUCGUUUGAGGAUAGUGAUUCUACAAAUCAACUUUAUUAUUUGCCACCUCAACAUUCAGCAAAAGAUACUCAAUUGACUAAAUCUUCAGGACAAAUUAUUAGAGGUUCUGCGUCAAAUCAGUCAUUUUGCCAGGCUGCUGUUUCGAACUCGUCACCAUAUAAUCCGUCAACUAGUAAAGCAACUGAUGUACAGAGCAACAUCAGAGCUGUAGUGGAAAGUAAUGGAGCAAACACUCAAGAUGAUGUAAUCACUUUAUUGAAGACCAUUAGAGAACAGAACAAUCAAAUUUUGCAGUGGAUCCGAAAACAAGAUCGCAGUGGCAAUCACGCCAGUAAUACAGAUUUACCAGAUGAUAUAGGCGUACAGUUUCCUUUGAAUUCUCAAGAGGAUAUUACCAAAUUGGAAACAUACCUGAGUGAAAAAAAUAAUUGCCUGGCUUUGUCGGCAUAUCUAUCGACUUUUGGAGGGAGAGAUUUUACUGGACAUACAAACCGCAUUUUAAAUUUUUUGUUCACUUAUUCUCUUGCAACUAAUUGGAAUUUUUGUGGCAAACGAGGUGAGAAAAAGGCUUUUAAAAACUUAAACGUAAAGGAUGUGAUUAUUGGUGCUGUAAGAAAAAGCUCCCCUCUAGUCAGUCAGAAAGAAAUAGAAGAUACCAUCAAGGUGUGGUUGAAACAUGCACCAGAGAAAUUGAAAAAGCAGCAGCAUGGCAAUCCGUAAGAAAAAAAGUGUUGUUAGUCAAAGACAACUUUACAGAAGGGUGGCAGAAGGAAAUUUAGCACCUGUGAGUCAGAAUUGUUAUAAUACAUCUUUAAUAGUUAAUAAUGAUUCCAAUGAAUCAUCAAAUUCCGUUUUUUUUUGCUGAUUCAAUGUGUGAAAGUGAAAAUGACACCUGUUCCUCAAGAGAUUUAGAUUUUAAUGUAAACUCGCCUAAUGAAAAUUUGCUCUUCAAUUUAUCAGAGUAUAUCGAGUUAUUGCACUGCCACAAAGUUUUUUCGAAAUGUAUUGUUUUUCCUUUCGAGCAGGAAUGGUUGUCAUUUUCAUUAUUGCAUCAUUAGUAAUUCCUUAUUUCAACUUUUAUGUUCUAUAAGUGUAAUAGUAUGUAGUUUUUUAAGAUUUUGUAAUAAACUGGUAUUAAUUUGAA